UAGGGUGUGCGCCACGAAGCCGCUCGCCGGAGCUCCUGAGGGGAUGGGGAUGGUGGCGGGCGGCGGGCAGCGCUGCGGUCGUCGCCGUCGCUCCCCUCCGGCCCCUCGGGGCGCUGGGAGGCGAGGAAGCCCCGCUGCGACCGCCCGCGGAGAGAAUGGUCCUCUAUUCUGGAUUUAGCUCAGUAGAACAUGGAUGAAGAAAAUUAAGUCAUUAUUGGAGCUGGAACCCUUUUUAAUUCCUUCAUGGUUAUGCUGCCAACUUAGCUGUUUUGAAGAUUCUUCUUCAUCUGUGGACAAAGCUUGAGCCACAAUGACUUCGGGUUUGUGGAGUCAAGAGAAAGGAAGCUCUCCAUAUUGGGAAGAGCGUAUAUUUUAUUUGCUUCUCCAGGAAUGUAGUAUUAUAGACAAGCAGACUCAAAAGCUAUUGAAAGUACCUAAAGGUAGCAUUGGUCAGUUUAUUCAAGACAGGUCUUCAGGCGGACACAUCAGGAACAACCCUUCAUCCAAAAGCAAGAAAUUGCAAAUAGGAAUAAAGAUUUUGGAACAGCCCCAUGUAGUCCUGUAUGUUGACGAGAAAGAAGUUGUUGAUAUAGAUGAAAAACGAGCAGAGCUGCUAUUGGCAAUUACCAAUUGUGAGGAAAGAUACAGCAUAUUUAAAAGCAGAAGCAGGCUGCGUAAGGGCCUCCAUAUUGAUGUUGGUUCACCAGUGAAAGUGCAGCUGAGAUCAGGGGAAGAGAAAUACCCUGGAGUAGUUCGCUUUAGAGGCCCCUUAAUACAGGAGAGAUCCCUGUCCGGUAUAUUUUUUGGAGUGGAGCUUCUGGAAGAAGGUCGUGGCCAGGGCUUUACGGAUGGACAGUACCAAGGCAAGCAGCUGUUCAGAUGCGAUGAGGACUGUGGAGUGUUUGUUGCACUUGACAAACUAGAACUGAUGGACGAUGAUGACAAUGAACUGGAGAGCGACUGUGCAGCUCCAGUUGAUUCAGUGCAGGUAGACCUUCCUCCUUUGGAGCUCAACUCCAGGGUUUCUGUGAAGAUAGGGAAGAAUAUAGAGUAUGGGACAGUUAUAUUCUGUGAUGUCAUACCAGGAAACGAGAGUUUAGGAUACGUUGUUGGAGUGGACAUGGAUAAUCCAAUUGGAAAUUGGGAUGGAAGAUACAAUGGACAACAGCUCUGUAGUUUUGCAAGUGUUGAAAGCACACUUCUUUUGCAUAUCAAUGAUGUUAUCCCAGAGGCCAUGUCUCAGGACAGGAGACCUCCCAAGCUUGCCUAUACUUCUAGAGGUGGUGGUGGUGACAAAGCUUUCAGUCAUAGCAAGCCAAAGUCUACAGGUGCGCUCUCUGAUCCUGGAAACAGAAACAGAACAGAGUUUUUCUACACCUUAAAUGGCUCCUCAGUAGAUUCUCAGGCACAGUCAAAAUCAAAAAAUACAUGGUAUAUUGAUGAAGUGGCUGAAGAUUCUGCCAAAUCACUUAAUGACUCCUCUUCUGGAUUUGAGCAUUCUUCCCCACCGCUGCAGCCUCCCCCAACUAAUAGUUUAUCUUCUGAAAACAGAUUUCAUUCCCUGCCUUUCAGUCUAACAAAGAUGUCAAGCACCACCAACAGUACUAUAGGACACAGCCCACUGUCCUUAUCCGUUCAGUCGGUUAUUGGAGAAGGAACUCCUGGGGCAACCCAGGAGAGUCCACCAGCAACAGUAGCACCUAUCAACAUGCACGGCCUUGAAGCUGGCUCUUUGGCGGAAGUGAAAGAGAACCCGCCGUUCUAUGGAGUCAUCCGUUGGAUUGGGCAGCCACCAGGGGUCAACGAAGUGUUAGCAGGGCUUGAACUGGAAGAUGAAUGUGCAGGUUGCACUGAUGGGACUUUUAAAGGAACUCGCUACUUUACCUGUGCACCAAAGAAGGCUCUUUUUGUCAAACUGAAGAGUUGUCGACCUGAUUCCAGGUUUGCUUCAUUGCAGCCUGUGUCCAAUCAGAUUGAACGCUGCAAUUCCUUAGCUUUUGGAGGCUAUCUCAGUGAAGUAGUUGAAGAAAACACUCCUCCAAAAAUGGAAAAAGAAGGUUUAGAAACAAUGAUUGGAAAGAAAAAGGGAAUCCAGGGUCAUUAUAAUUCCUGCUACUUAGACUCCACCUUAUUCUGCCUGUUUGCAUUCAGUUCUGUUUUGGAUACAGUCCUGCUUCGACCGAAAGAGAAGAAUGAUGUAGAAUAUUACAGUGAAACUCAGGAACUGCUGCGGACAGAGAUAGUAAAUCCUCUUCGAAUAUACGGAUAUGUGUGUGCCACAAAAAUAAUGAAGCUAAGAAAGAUACUGGAAAAAGUUGAAGCAGCAUCAGGAUUCACUUCUGAAGAAAAAGAUCCAGAAGAAUUUUUGAAUAUUUUGUUUCAUCAUAUUUUAAGAGUAGAACCACUCUUAAAAAUCAGAUCAGCAGGACAAAAAGUUCAAGACUGCUAUUUCUAUCAGAUCUUUAUGGACAAGAAUGAGAAAGUUGGAGUUCCUACCAUACAGCAAUUACUGGAAUGGUCUUUCAUCAACAGCAAUUUGAAAUUUGCAGAGGCACCAUCAUGUCUUAUAAUUCAGAUGCCUCGAUUUGGCAAGGACUUCAAAAUGUUCAACAAAAUCUUUCCCUCUCUGGAAUUGAAUAUCACAGACCUGCUAGAAGACACUCCAAGGCAGUGCCGUAUAUGUGGAGGACUUGCAGUGUAUGAAUGUCGCGAGUGUUAUGAAGAUACAGACAUUUCUGCUGGCAAAAUCAAACAGUUUUGCAAAACUUGCAAUACGCAAGUUCAUCUUCACCCCAAAAGGCAGAGUCAUAAAUUCAAUCCAGUGUCACUCCCAAAAGACUUACCGGACUGGGACUGGAGGCACGGCUGCAUACCUUGUCAGAAGAUGGAGCUCUUUGCUGUUCUUUGUAUAGAAACAAGCCACUAUGUGGCUUUUGUUAAAUAUGGCAAGGAAGAUUCCUCUUGGCUCUUUUUUGAUAGCAUGGCUGAUCGGGAUGGAGGUCAGAACGGCUUUAACAUCCCCCAAGUGACUCCAUGCCCAGAAGUUGGCGAGUACCUGAAAAUGUCUCUCGAUGAAUUGCACUCUCUGGACUCAAGGAGAAUUCAGGGCUGUGCCCGAAGACUACUUUGUGAUGCUUAUAUGUGCAUGUAUCAGAGCCCAACGAUGAGUUUGUACAAGUAAACGUCGAUGACUAGUAAGAAGGGAACAUCUUCCCAGUUACUUGACUGUGACCCAAGAAAGCUCAACAGAGCUGUCGGCUCCUCUGCUUGUGCAUCUGUUGCUGGCAAUGGAUGCUUCAAAGGGCGUGGAAAUCAAAUAACUAGAAAGAAGAAGCAAAUAUUUUAAAGGGGGAAAGAAAGGAUUCUACAAUAUGGUGUUUUGUUGCUAAAUACUUGAGUAUUUUGCACUCUUGGAAGUGUGCGUGUGUGUUUUUUUAAAUAAAAAGUCUAAAUGAAGCGAUUGCAAUGUUUAGGCUGUGUUUCAGAGAAAUUGCCUACGUAGGGUGAAGGUUACAUCCCCUGUGGAAUGUUCGGCUUAGAUCUGAUUCAGGAAACUACACAGCCUAAAGGGAGACGACUACAUUUUGGAGUUUGUAAGUUUCUCAGCAUUGUACCCCUUGCGUCUGUAAGACAGGGCUUUGACCUGCACCUUGGCACCAAGGCUUUUGCUUCUUAUUUUGACCUGGUAUAAGUUGAAAUCAAAAAACAAAACAUCUCUAGUGCGCUGAGUGAGUGUAUAAAUGCAGAUGCUGUAUGAUCACCCCACAGCGUUGCCCUGGACCAAGAAUGCUCAUUGUUUGCUUUGUAGCAAAUGGGGUACCUUCCAGGAAAAGGAAAUAAUUACUCUGCAACCUUGCAGUGGUACUUACGAUGAGCUCCAGAAGUCGAAACUUCUCAUCAGAUUACACAACUGCCUAAGCUCUGUUUCGUGAACUUGAUGCCAUUUGUAAGGUCAUUUCUGGCAAUGAGUGGAUGAGCCAGUGUGAUGUCUUUCAGUGGACAUGCCCAUCUUCAAGGCUAUUCUGAAAGGCAUUCCACUGCUGUCUUCAAGCUUGAUUUCCAUAAUGGAAGAAUCCUGAAAACUUGCUUUUUUAAAUGAGUUUUGGAAACUUUUCAGCAUGUUUUCUGCAUGCCUGCUCCUUAGGGAUCUUGGUCAAUUUUUUCAGAAACUACCCAAUUACUUGGAAGUUCUGAUGUUAACAUCCUUUCCUCCAGUGACAGUCAAAAGACCACCUGACAGCUUGCAAUUCAGCCGUGGUAAAUAGGCGAUGAGAUAAAUUCAUAUUGGUUCAAGAGCUGCAGUAGGGAUAUUAAAAAACACUCUCUUAAAUUAUCUUUCUGUGUUCUGUUAGAUAAUAGUUUACAUGUUUGCAUGCUUCUGCAUCUAAAGGGCAAAUCUGGAUUACACAAGAAAUCCAGUCUACUAAUGGAUUUGUUUCACAGUUUUGACAGAGGGAAAAUGAGUCAAGUUUAAUUUCACCAGGAUAUUCUUUGCUGUUUCACUAUCUGUGUAGUCUGCCUUUUAUGCUUAUAGUCUGUUCACCCAUGUGGGACUUUUAGGUGCUGUGUGUUGUUUGGGUGAGUUUGACAGUGUCUGCAAAAUAGAAUUGUGAGGGCAGUAUUCUGCAUAUCACAAAUUUUGGGAUGAGUGUACCCCAUAGACACCUAUAUGUAAUAGUAGCAAGUUUAAGACCCCAGUUGCUAGUUGUAAUUGUGCAUUUAUUUUUUUGCCUCAGGGAAUGUCAUGGAAAUGAAAUCUGUCAUCUAUUAAAUGGAAGGUGAUAGUUGGAUUUUUCAGUUUCGUGCUUUAGAAAAUUGCUUACACAUUUAUCAUCUCAAAGGAUUAUAUUGAGCCAAUGUGUAGUUAAAUAAUUUGACUUGCUGUUCAAUUCAUGCAAAAAAUCACUUGCUUGUUUGAAGUAUUCAAUGUUGUAUUGAAUAUUUUUAUGAACUGUAAGUGUAAUAGCUUUCUGCAGUAUGGAGGAAGAUCCGCUAUUGUUGCUUUAGGUAUCUUUUGAAAAUAAGAGCAACUAAAGGCAUAUCUGAUGUGGGAGAAAACCAUGGAUGAUGUAGAACAAAAUGGAUUGUAUGGUAUGAAGUAGAUUUUUUUUAAGAAAAACCUCAGGAUGGAUUGUAGGUAGUGAAAGUCUCUAAGAUCAGCUUGCUGUAGAGAAACUGAUGGAGAGAGUAAUUAGGCAAUUUCAGCCUUUUUUCAAUGAUUUCUAAUUGCACGGCAGGGCUUCCAACUCUUUGCAUUAAUUCUCAUUUGUAUAACUCAUGGUUGUAUGUUCCUCUUGUUCCUCCUUAUCCUACUUUUUCUUUGAACAUUCAUGGGAACUCCACGCAUCAGAAGAUGUUUGGGAAAUUCCUGAAGGGAGGAAGUUGUAGAUUGAGAGCAAGUAGGGUUGGGCUCCACUUGGCUGAAGUGAAAGGAAAAUGGGGACCUUGAUGGACAAUAAGAGGAUGAAGGAACAUGGGCAGGUAAUCAGCAGUAAUUGAAACCCAUGACAACUGACUGAAAGAGAUACCGAUCAGAAAACAAGCUCCAUAAAUUGUCAGGUUGCGGGGGUGUGGAGAGAGAAUAAGGACAGGAAGGAAUUCGUAUGUGAUGUGGAGUCAUUCUCAAUCAUGUGAGGAUGUGGCUUCAGUCCUUGAACAAAUUCUUAGGGGGAGGUGGGAGCUGAAUAAAACAGGCCAGGAAAGAUGGUGGCCAGCUGAAUCUGGGAACUGCCUCCUUUAAAAGCAUCACCUUUGAGGUGGUGUGUGAGAUGCAUCUGUGAUGAUUUUGAUUUAUAAUGGUCUCUUCCAGCCGCUUUCUGACAUUGCAGUCUGAUGCAGGGUCUCUGCUGAUGAUGGACUCUCCCUUUUGAAUGUGCGGUGCAAUAAAGAACAUGUGGCAAUUGCUCUCAGUUAUCUUCUUGCCCAUUCUAUUUCCUUUUUAGUUUCAUCCAUUGUGAUUUUGGCAUUUUGAUGCUGUGCUCUAAAAUGUCUCCUGUGUUACUGUAAAAAGUCAACUUGAAGCCAUUGCCCUGCAGAAGGAAUCUCAAUAGGUGUGAAAGUGUUUCAUAUUAGAUCAUGUUUUCACUUCCACGCAGACUUUGGUGUGUAAGCAAGACAUAAAAGUGUUGUCUUUGGGUUUCCCGGGGCUGAGAUUGUUACGGAAGAAUAGUGCUUGAAUCAAUAUGAAAGCUGAAUUGGAUUUUUAUCUUGACUUAAGCUGCCUCUUUGGAGGUUUGGGUUUUAUUUAUUCUGCCAUUGUAACAAAAUAUGUUCUGCAUUGGCUUGCACAGUUUAAAAAAAAACAAAAAUAAACAUUUUGUGAUUGAGUGCAGUUGUCUCCUCAAUAGAGUAUCUCUACUGAGAGCUUAGGAAAUCUUUCAGAUUGCAUACGUGAAGCCUUAAUUUUCCUCAGAAGAGGAAAGAAACUGUACCAUAUAUUAUUUCUGUACUAAUAUUUAUUA